GCCUCAUGAAUAUUCAAAUAAGAAGAUAUUUAAAGACGCCGGCGCCAGGCGUAGAUCCCUGCCCCGCGCCGCCCGGCCCCCUUCACUGAGUUCAUCACUCCUAGCGGAAGCGCCGCCAGCAUGUCUGAUAAACUGCCCUACAAAGUCGCUGACAUCGGACUGGCUGCCUGGGGACGGAAGGCCCUGGACAUAGCUGAGAAUGAGAUGCCAGGAUUGAUGCGCAUGCGGGAGAUGUACUCGGCCUCCAAGCCACUGAAGGGUGCUCGCAUUGCUGGCUGCCUGCACAUGACUGUGGAGACUGCUGUCCUCAUCGAGACUCUCGUGGCCCUGGGUGCGGAGGUGCGAUGGUCCAGCUGCAACAUCUUCUCUACUCAGGACCAUGCAGCGGCUGCCAUUGCCAAGGCUGGCAUUCCAGUGUUUGCCUGGAAGGGCGAGACAGAUGAGGAGUACCUGUGGUGCAUAGAGCAGACGUUGCACUUCAAGGAUGGACCCCUCAACAUGAUUCUGGAUGAUGGUGGUGACCUUACUAACCUCAUCCACACCAAAUACCCACAGCUUCUGUCAGGCAUCAGAGGUAUCUCUGAGGAGACCACGACUGGGGUCCACAACCUCUACAAGAUGAUGGCCUGUAAGGAGGGCAACAUCUUUGUCACUACCACAGGCUGUGUGGAUAUCAUCCUUGGCCGGCACUUUGAACAGAUGAAGGAUGAUGCCAUUGUUUGUAACAUUGGACACUUCGAUGUGGAGAUUGAUGUGAAGUGGCUCAAUGAGAAUGCUGUGGAGAAGGUGAACAUCAAGCCUCAGGUGGACCGCUACUGGCUAAAGAAUGGGCGCCGCAUCAUCUUGCUGGCCGAAGGCCGUCUGGUCAACCUGGGUUGUGCCAUGGGCCACCCCAGCUUUGUGAUGAGCAAUUCCUUCACGAACCAGGUGAUGGCACAGAUUGAGCUGUGGACCCACCCAGAUAAAUACCCCGUUGGGGUUCACUUUCUGCCUAAGAAGCUGGAUGAGGCAGUGGCUGAAGCCCACCUGGGCAAGCUGAACGUGAAGCUGACCAAGCUGACUGAGAAGCAGGCCCAGUACCUGGGCAUGCCCAUUAACGGCCCCUUCAAGCCUGACCACUACCGCUACUGAGUGCCGGGACUGCCCUUCACCUUCCAGCUGCCAUCCUCAUUCCCAAGAGCAAAUGUUACCAACUUUGCAGUAGCUUGGACAGUGUUUCUCUCCCACAUCCCUUCCCUUACCCCUGCUGGAGCUGGUCACUUUGUCUUUGACCUCUGCUGUAUCCCUCAUACUGUUCUAGGUGUGGCGGGGGAAUGGAGAGGUACCUGGGAGGCAUCCACUGGGGACAGGAGCUCAGAAGUCUUAGAAGUCCUGAGGCUAGGUGUUGCUCAUGAUGGCCACAAGCCCAUGCACCUUAUCAUCCAGACCUUCAAUUGGUCUUUAGAUCUGUGUGCUUGGUUUACAGAUCCGCUGGUUUCUCAGCCCAGGCCCCAAGAAGGAGCUCUGCCAAAGGGUAGGAACCCCUAGAGUUUGAAGGUUCCGGAGAGCUUGGGCCAUCUCUUAAACCUCAUGAUACUGAAUUGGUACUCUUUUUGGUCCCUAUUUCACAAGGGUUAGGAUAGAUUAACCAAGAAAGGACAAGUGACAGAGACUGAAAGGGGCUAGAAAAACAAAUAGGAAAAGGCCUGUCACUACUGUAUAAUUGAUGGUUCCUAUCACAAGCCCAGGUCACAGAUUGUUUUAUAAUGUUUAUAUACUAUUUAGAAUGUUAACAAAGGAAGGUGGAUAAACUACAGUUUCUAGUGCCUAAAGAAUUUUGGCCCUUUAUUAAAAUUUAAGUGUGUGGCUGGCA